UGAAAUGAGAAUUGAGAAAGAAACAAACAACAACGUGGCAGGUGACAACUGGUUUUCCCUUUGUUGCUUCCUCCUCCGGUAGCUUUACACAUCUCCGGCAAACAUCGUAAACAAUUCAUCAGCAGGAUUUACUUCUCCGGCCAUGUUGAUGUCUGAUCGGAUGUUGCUCAAGGUCAUUGUUCUUGGUGAUAGUGGGGUUGGGAAGACAUCUUUGAUGAAUCGAUACGUUUAUAACAGGUUCAACAAACAGUACAAGUCGACAAUUGGUGCCGAUUUUGUGACGAAAGAGUUGCAUAUUGACGAGAAGCUCGUCACGUUGCAAAUUUGGGACACAGCUGGUCAAGAGAGGUUUCAUAGCCUUGGAGUUGCAUUUUAUAGAGGGGCUGAUUGUUGUGUUCUUGUUUACGAUGUCAACAUUCAGAAAACCUUUGAAACCCUUCAAACAUGGCAUGAAGAGUUUCUAAAACAGGCAGAUCCAACUAACCCUGAAAGAUUCCCGUUCGUGUUGCUUGGGAACAAAGUGGACACUGACGGUGGUAGCAGUCGAGCCGUUUCUGAGAAGACAGCAAGAGAGUGGUGUGCCAUGAACGGAAACAUACCUUACUUUGAGACAUCAGCGAAAGAGAAUUACAAUGUGGAUGAUGCAUUCCUUUGUGUGGCAAAAACAGCUAUUGCAAGUGAACAUGAACACCCUGAUGUGAAUGAAAUGUAUUUUGAAAGGAUCCCCACGACAAUUUCUGAAACUGAGCAAGAAAGAAGUUGUGCCUGCUGAUAUCUCCAAAAUUUACGCACAGUUAUUCACGUAGAUUUUGCUUGUUUUCUUGUCAUUUUGUGUGGAUAGUAACGGGUAGGAAUUUUAUCUUGUUAUAUAUGAUUCUUUAGAUCCUUCAAAAAGGGAGGUCACAUAGUCACCACAUGAGAGAAGUUAACUUAAUCUAAUUCAGUGUGAUUCUAUUA